CUGCGUACACCUGUGUAACAACGCAGCGGGAGGAGGAAGGUGCACCUGCUGCUCCCUGUGCCAUGUCUGACGGACUCGUUACUUGUGAGUUAAUAUGUUCGUCGGAUGAACAGGACAGAAUACUAAAGCCUUUGGAAAACGCGAUUAUGGCGAGUGAUCAGCCAAUUUUCACAGUUUUAAGCGAUGGCAUGAAGCUUAAGGAGGAGCGACACUCGGCUGGACCAGGUGGCGGUGCUGCUUCCUUGACCAAAGCGACGACCUCUGACAACGAGUCCGGGAUCUUCUCUGGGGAAUGUGAGCUCUGCGAGAACCACGAGGCUGAGUUGGACUGGUUCUGUGCGACCGAACAGAAACUCAUCUGCUCCCACUGCGCCAUCGUGGGCCAGUGCCGCGGACACUCGGUCACCCCUCUGGCCGCCAGAGUCUCCAUAGUGAGGAAUCAGCUGGUGGAUGUGUGUGAAAAAAUACAGUUGCAGGCAUUGAGGGUCGAACGUUUCAUUGAGCACACUUUGACAGACAAAGAACAAAAGCUGCAGGCCGCUGCAAACCAAGCACGAGAGCAGGUGUUGGCCCAGGUCAGUGCAGCCCGUGAGGCCCUGGAGGAAGAGGAGCAGCGACUUCUGGAGGAGGUGCAGAGGGAGGAAGAGCGGGUAGAGCAGUGUCUCCUGACUCAACAGGCCCACUGGAAGCAGGCUUUGGCCAGUCUCUCCCAAACACGUUCUCGUUUGGUGCAUACUCUCACGCACAUUCCAGACUCACAGCUUGCGACUUCUGCUCAAGAGAUAGCAGACCGAGUGGAAGAAGCAGAGGGAGUCGGAGAGCCCUGUGAUACGGAGCAGCUCAACCUGAAUCCCAGCUGCAUCGACAGUAAACUCCUCAGAGGUUUGUGGGCUAUUGCAGUGCUGCUGGGACAAAAUGCUCAUAAAACCUCCUUUUUCAAGUUUGAUGAACGCACCGUAAGCCCUCUCCUGACCCUGUCUCAGGACCACUUCACUCUGACCUUCAAUAAUAAAAAGUCCCGUCAGCCCUAUACAUACGACCCCGCUCGCUUUGACAACUGGCCCAAUGCUUUGGGCUCCCAGGCUCUGUCCUCAGGCACACACUGCUGGGUGGUGGAUGUGGGUCAGAGUGCGGCCUUUAAGGUUGGAGUCUGCUAUCCGAGUUUAGAGCGCAAAGGCUCUGGAAAUGAGGCACGACUGGGCUAUAACAGUCAGUCCUGGGUGCUGUCGAACUAUGAUGGGGAUUAUUCGUUUUGUCAUGCUGGGAAAAAAGUGCCUCUGCAGGUGGUGAAGAAACCCCAAAAGAUCGGGGUACUGCUAGACUGGCCGAGUCAGACGCUGCUGUUUUACGAACCAGACUCAAAUGCUAUACUGCACUCAGUAAUACAGACCUUUGCGGCUCCACUGCUGCCAGCAUGUGCUGUAACUGACCAAAGUAUCACCAUAGUCCAUUAGUGCACUCUGAAAAAACUCUUGCAUAUAGAGAAGUCCUGCUCCAUUUGUUUCAAAGUUAGAUUUAAGUAUUUAUUUAGUGUUGUUACUUUACUCUGCUUUUCUAAGCAUUGACAUUGAGUAUUUGUUUCUAGAUGAGCAUAAAAACAACUUUAAUGUAGUGCUAACUCACAGUAAAGGAUGUUUUUAUUAUUAAAAUGUUUUAUUAUUUUAAUUAUAUACAUAUAAUAUAUUUUUAAGAAUAAAAAGAAAUGUGCCUUUUCA